UUAAAUAUUUAACGAUCCGCAUUAACAUAGUGUACACGAAGAUAUGACGAACUUAGCGCUUUACAGCUCUGUUUCUGGAUUGUAAAUUCUAUUCACCAGCUGAGUGCCUGGACCACCAACCAUACUUACAUGUUCGUGCGUAACAGCUAGCGGAGAUCCUCCUCUACAAGUAAGUAGAGUGAACUUGCUCCCGCUUCAAGGGAGAACAAAGGAUGCCAGCUGGCCACAGAGAAGCCCCGACACCAGUACAGUCUCGGCAAUGUCAGUUCUCCUGGUUCUACUGUACGCUGCCUGUCUACUCCUGUUGACAAUGUACUUGCGGUUCAGAUGGCAGUACAGACAUGUUCUCGCAACCGCUGCCAAACUACCGUAUCCUCCCACCCUGCCCAUCAUCGGCAACGCACUCCUCUUCUUUGGUGACAUCACUGAUGUGACUAAAAAUCUCCUGAAAAUAAGUUCAGAUUCCAAUGGCAUAUUCUGCUUUUGGAUAGGCCCAAUUCCUAUUUUCGUCGUAGUAGACCCAGUGGAUAUCCAAGUUAUUUUGAACAGCUCCAGUAUGUUAGAGAAAGAUAAUCUUUACUCCCUGUUCAGAGUGUUUUUGGGCAAUAGCAUUGUUUCGUCUCCAGUUCACAUCUGGAAGAAGUACCGGAGGCUGAUGAACCCCGUGAUGCAUCCUUCUAAUGUGGAGCAUUUCCUUCCGGUCUUCAACGAAUUCAGUAGGAAGUUAACAGAACAGUUGUCGGUCAGCUCCCCACCUUCAGAUUGCACUGAUGAGAUUUUUGAAAUGGCUGUGAUUGCUAGCUCAAAAUCAAUAUUUUCAAGAAAACUCACGAUCGAUAAUUUAAUGGAUGCAAAAUACUUAAUUCAUACUGUGGGCAAGCUAAUCAUCUUACGCAUUUUCAAGUUUUGGUUACAUAUUGACUGGCUGUUUAAAUUGCUCUAUAGGAAGGAGCUGAAGGAAUCUUUAAAAAUUCGGGACCAAUGUAUGGACGUUAUCAGUCAGGAAUGGAAAGAAGGAGCCACUAAUAAAAAGGAAGUGAUUCCAGGCGCAAAUCAGAACAUCGAACGCUUAUCAGGUGUAAACUUGGUGGAUGUAAUGUUUGAAAAUCUGCCAAUAAUAUCAGACGACCAUGAUUGGAUGGAUGAAUUUAUAAGUAUGAUAGUAGCUGCAUCUGACACAGUUGUUUCUGCUUUGUCUUUUCUGCUUCUCACAAUAGGACACCAUCCGGAAGUACAGGAAAGGAUGUUCAUGGAGAUCGAGGAAGUAAUGGGAGACCUGGACCGUGACGUUACCGCUGCCGACGUUAACGCCAUGAAGUACCUGGACCAGGUCAUUCUAGAAAGCAUUAGGCUACAUGGCAACGUUGUUUUAAUCUUGAGAAGAGCCACAAAUGAUACUAAGAUACACAGCUGUACACUGCCAGCUGGUAGUCGUGUGUUGAUCAUGCUCCACGCUUUGGGUUGGAACAAAGAACGGUUCCCAAAUCCCGAGCAGUUCCUGCCUGAACGGUUCUCUCCAGAACAGAAAAAACUGCGACAUAACUACUCUUUUAUUCCAUUCAGCGCUGGUCCCCGCAACUGUAUAGGGAAGGCAUACGCCAUGGUGAUCCUGAAGACAGCCCUGGUCCAUAUCUUGAGACGCCUGCGAGUUAAAUCACACACAAAAUUGUCAGACAUAGAGUACGAGCUGAGGACGAUAAUGUACAGCAAGACUCCGCUUCUGGUCACCUUCCAACCGCGAUAGCAACGGUUUCAUUUUAAUCUGCUAAAGAGUAUACGAGUUGAAUAACUUUAAUUAUUAGUAACCAUAGCAUGAACCGUCAUGAAUGUUUUUUUGUGUGCGUAAAAACCAACUAUUAAAUGUAGUGGUUAGUGUUCGCUGUUAUGUAUUUCUUUAAUAUUUUUACUGCAAAACGUAAUUUUCUAACUCGAAGGCCAUACUUUAAUUAGUUAAAACAUUUAUGAUGUAAUAUGAUGAAGCCCUUAAGUGUAUUAAAAAUAAGUAGACAUAUCAGGUACAUAUUUCAGAAUUAAUGUCUGAGAGAUUCAAAACGUUAAUACGAUUUUGACUGGUUUUAUUUUAGGUUUUGCUGUAUGAAUAAUUCUACUUACAAGUUUCAAAAACCUAAUUUGGUCAAGAAGUGUGAACUUUUGCCUGUUUAGAUUAUAUUUCUAUGUAAGAUAUUUCAAGUGUCAUUGUUGAGUUUUAUUUGUACCCAAGAAGAAUAUAUAUACCUCCAAGAAAA